AUGGCAGGACGUGAAUCGGGACGCAUCCGGGAGGCGGAUAAAAAGCGCACCCUGGACGAUGCUGCACGCCAGCGACGUGCCCGUAAGGCGCUGGAAGCACUGGAGCAGGAUAACUUCCACGAAGAUCCGCACGCCGACUUGGUAAUGUCGAAAAAGGUGCCCAAGUUUAGUGACAAUCUGGAUGGUAGUGGGCCGAGCAGGAAAAAGAACCGCCGCACGAAGGGGGCCGAGUACUAUCGGGCAAAGUAUCGUAAAACGUUCCCCCAGCUGUUGGACGAAGAGAAACAGCAACGACCAGAUCCGCCGAACUACUUCAGUGCGUCCGCACCACCUUCCCGCCUGCCAGAACGACACUUUUGUGCGGUUUGUGGCUUUCCAUCCAGUUACACGUGUACCGCCUGCGGGACGAGAUAUUGUUGUGUGCGUUGUCUGGGUACGCAUCAGGACACUCGGUGUCUGAAGUGGACCGCUUAGACUGCAGGGGUGUUAAUAAUGGAUGAUGGAAAUUAAAUUGAAUAAAACGUGAAUUUAUCGCCCCAAUAGGAACCCAUAACAAAUCCUUACUUAGCUUAUCAUGGCACCUUUCGCGUUAAUAGGAACUGAGGCAAGAGUACGGACUCUGUAUCCGUUUGUCAUCGAAACAGCAGGAACGAAGAAGGUUUCCUUUUGAUGAUGUUUAUUUAGAGCAUCCUAAAUAUGACAUAAAAAUUAUUGAAUUGUCUAACGGGGUACACUUUUUCAGCUGUUUCAGCUCAAUCGCAUUCCGGCCCUGUCCUGGCGCUCACUCCCUCAAUAGUGCAGUGUAUGUGUGUGCGGCGACACGUACUUUGAAGACUUAUACACGAGUUUAUAUAUCAUAUAUAUUUGUCGAUAUACUUGAACAGAAAAGAACUCCGAUUAAACACGCUCCUCAGCCG